CAAAGAUUCCGAGGGGCAGAAGUUGGCGGAGCCCGUUGGAGUGGGGCGCUCGGGCUGGACCCGGACUCGGCGAGACUUUCCAUCUUGAGACUACUCUGAACGGUGUGUUUUAAUCCAGUUUAUCUGCUGAGAAGUUGCCUUGUACAGUGGCAUUCUCAUAUAACAAGUAUUGUUAAAUGGAUGAGAUGGCGACCGCUCAGAUUUCCAAAGAUGAGCUUGAUGAACUCAAAGAGGCCUUUGCGAAAGUUGAUCUCAACAGCAAUGGAUUCAUUUGUGACUAUGAACUUCAUGAGCUCUUCAAGGAGGCUAAUAUGCCAUUACCGGGAUAUAAAGUGAGAGAAAUCAUUCAAAAACUCAUGCUGGAUGGUGACAGGAAUAAAGAUGGGAAGAUAAGUUUUGAUGAAUUUGUUUAUAUCUUCCAAGAGGUGAAGAGCAGUGAUAUUGCCAAAACCUUCCGCAAGGCCAUUAACAGGAAAGAAGGCAUCUGUGCUCUUGGAGGCACUUCUGAGCUGUCCAGUGAAGGAACCCAGCAUUCUUACUCAGAGGAAGAAAAAUAUGCUUUCGUUAACUGGAUAAACAAAGCCCUGGAAAAUGAUCCCGAUUGCAGGCAUGUUAUACCGAUGAACCCAAAUACUGAUGACCUGUUCAAAGCUGUCGGUGACGGAAUUGUGCUUUGUAAAAUGAUUAACCUUUCCGUUCCCGAUACAAUUGAUGAAAGAGCAAUCAACAAGAAGAAACUUACACCCUUCAUUAUUCAGGAAAACUUGAACUUGGCACUGAAUUCUGCCUCUGCCAUUGGGUGUCACGUUGUGAACAUCGGUGCUGAGGAUUUACGGGCUGGGAAGCCUCAUCUGGUUUUGGGACUCCUUUGGCAGAUCAUUAAGAUCGGCUUGUUUGCUGACAUUGAAUUAAGCCGGAAUGAAGCCUUGGCCGCUUUACUUCGAGAUGGUGAGACUUUAGAAGAGCUUAUGAAAUUAUCUCCAGAAGAGCUUCUGCUUCGAUGGGCAAACUUUCAUUUGGAGAACUCAGGCUGGCAAAAAAUCAACAAUUUCAGUGCUGACAUCAAGCUCCUUGACUUCAGUAAUUCAGUGAAGGAUUCCAAAGCCUAUUUCCAUCUUCUCAACCAAAUUGCACCCAAAGGACAAAAGGAAGGUGAACCACGGAUAGAUAUUAGCAUGGCGGGCUUCAACGAAACGGAUGAUUUGAAGAGAGCUGAGAGUAUGCUCCAACAAGCAGACAAAUUAGGGUGCAGACAGUUCGUUACCCCCGCUGAUGUUGUCAGUGGAAACCCCAAGCUGAAUUUAGCCUUUGUGGCUAACCUGUUUAAUAAAUAUCCGGCACUAACCAAGCCUGAGAAUCAGGAUAUUGACUGGACUCUGUUAGAAGGAGAAACACGUGAAGAAAGAACUUUCCGUAACUGGAUGAACUCUCUUGGUGUGAACCCCCAUGUAAACCAUCUCUAUGCUGACCUGCAAGAUGCCCUGGUCAUCUUACAACUAUAUGAGCGAAUUAAAGUUCCUGUUGAUUGGAGCAAAGUUAAUAAGCCUCCAUACCCGAAACUUGGAGCCAACAUGAAAAAGCUGGAAAACUGCAACUAUGCUGUCGAGUUGGGGAAGCAUCCUGCCAAAUUCUCCCUGGUUGGCAUUGGAGGUCAAGACCUGAAUGAUGGCAACCAAACCCUGACUUUAGCUUUAGUCUGGCAACUGAUGAGAAGAUACACCCUGAAUGUCCUGGAAGAUCUCGGAGAGGGUCAGAAAGCUAAUGACGACAUCAUCGUAAACUGGGUGAACAGAACAUUGAAGGAUGCUGGAAAAUCAACUUCCAUUCAGAGUUUUAAGGACAAGACCAUCAGCUCCAGUCUGGCAGUUGUGGAUUUAAUUGAUGCCAUCCAGCCUGGCUGCAUUAACUAUGACCUCGUGAAGAGUGGCAACCUAACAGAAGAUGACAAGCACAAUAAUGCCAAGUAUGCUGUGUCAAUGGCCAGGCGCAUUGGAGCCAGAGUGUACGCUCUCCCUGAAGACCUUGUAGAAGUGAAGCCCAAGAUGGUCAUGACAGUGUUUGCUUGCUUGAUGGGCAGGGGAAUGAAGAGGGUGUAAACUCACCAGUCUGAAGUAAAACAACCUUUGCUCCCAGGUGCAUGAUUAGCAGCAAGUCAGCUAUUUCCAAGGUGAAGUGCUCAUGGCUUAAGAAUGUUGCUCAUUUAAAGGACUUUUGAGGUUUGAUUAAGGAGACUAGAUCAUCAGAGCCCUUUGGGGAAAGAGUCUUACUAAAAAGAGGGUUCUGUCCCAUAGCCAGCGUUGGAUUUGUCAGGCACACCUAAAAUGUGCUCAUAGCCCCAAACCAUUUUACUCUCUCCUAGAUUGCUGCCUUCGACAUUUCCUGUGGCUGUAUGUUACUUCUCGCUAUGUAUCUUUUUUCCUCUUAGAUCAUCCACCUCUUGGGAUUAGUUUAGAUGAUCAGAUAGGAAUAUGAUUAGAUGGUGAUUGUCCUUUCCAGCCAGUUCUUCGUGGAGAACUCUAGGCUGAGAAUAGUUGGAGGCAUGUCUGGUUUGUAGUACUGGAAAUUUGCAGAAGUAAUGGGCUAUGCAGAAUGUCACAGAAGCUUUUCAGAUUCGUUUACUCUUAAAAAUCAGUAUCUUUUUACAGUAUUCUUUCGACGUGAUCCUUUUUUGUACGUUUAAGAAUAUUUUGAUUACAUUAAACAAGACUGCUGAUUUUGCUACUUUUUUAAAGGGGUCUUCAAGUAAGUAAAAUACCAAAACCAAAAAAAAAAUCAUGCAUUAUGAAAAGUAGAAGAGAAAUGUACCUUAAAUUUGCAUCUUUCUGCCACACAAGCUGUAAACAAUUGAUAUACUUUGUCUUAAAAUACUUAGUUAAAUACAUCCUUCUUUUUGUUUUUGAUAUUUUUUGAAGCCUGUAUCACCAAUCUCUCUUUAAAUCGAAAAUGCUGUUGAAUAGGACACUAUUGAAGGAAGAGAGUGCUCAGAAGUUAGCCAGGAUGCAAUAGGGCCAAGUAUGCUAACUGUACACUGUUUUUUCAAUUUUACACCUAAGAGAUGUGGUCCCUAAGAAAUAGAAAUAUAUAUGUAGAACUUAAUGUACUCUUACUGUGUCCCACUGUUUGCUAUAGUUUCCAACAUCAUAAUGUUACUCUAAUUCUGAAAAGUGAUGUAAUCGGGUAGCCAUGUAUUAGUUCAAAUAAAUGCAUUUGCAUAAUAA